AAAAAAAAACGACGCCUAGUGUCAUAUCUGGCAGCUGCGGAGGUGACCCUCUGGUGGCUGCAAAGAUGGGUGGUAAUCUGACCAGGAGCUUUCGGGGCGACCCGGACCCCAAGAAAAUGCCGGCCAGCCCUUUAGGGGAACAGUUUCAGGAAAGGGAGAUGGUGGCUACCCAGGAGCAGAUGAACCUUGCACAGCUGCCCUUGAAGCAGAGGGACUACUGCGCCCAUCAUCUCAUCAAUUUCCUAAAGUGUAAGAGAGACAUGUGGCCAAACCUGUUUGGCUGUAGUCAUGAGCGCCACGACUGGGAAUACUGCCAGCACGAAGAUUACAUCCAGCGGAUGAAGCAGUAUGAACGAGAACGGCGACUAUUUGAAAGACAGAAGCGUCGGCAGGAGUCGGAGGCGGCGUGACGUCCAUCUUAUCUUCGGGGGGGAAGAUUAUCCAUUGUAAAUUCUUUAAAAUAAAGAUAUCUGUGAAAACGCGA